AUGAAAUUGCCAGGGACAGGUGAGGCAGCUUCAUUCCAAUUUAAUAUUUAUGUUCCUUAAAAUGGACGGGAAAAAAAGAUAAUACCUGACUAAUUAUCAUAUUAAUUAGUUAUAGACUUCCUUUUAAAACUAUAUUGGAUUGCGAUUCAAAACGUGAGUUGAAAAGCAAAACAAAAAGUCAAAGAAUGACGGUGUUAUUACCCUGAUCUCCCCAAGAUCCACUUUUAAAACCUAGCCUAAUUCUAAUAUUUGCUUCAGCGAUGUAGAGAGUUUUGAUGCCCAUCGUUUGUUAUUUAUUUAUUCAUUUACUUUCUUCUCAUAGAGUGCCAACCAACCUGUUUCAAAAACUCCUCUUACAUAUUUUCGAAAGGCAAAAUUUACAGGUUUCCUAACAAUGAAGUCUGCUCCAUCUUGGGAGGUUAUUUAGUCUCCAUCGAGACUGAGGAAGAAUGGCAGUUUAUCAAUCAUGAGAUUCAAAAGCGUGGUACUUGGAAUACGUCGACUACUAAUGCGUGGCUCAUUGGUUUGGAGAAGAAAGACGGGGUUUGGAUUUGGAAGAGUGGAGAACAGCUGAAUAUUUCGAAAUGGCGAGAUUCUGAGCCAAAUGUGAACGACGAAAGGGCGGAAAUAUCCAUGAAUGGAGGCCUCUUUAAUGGUAUCUCUCGGAACGAUAAAGGAGAUGCCUACAUUUGCGAGAUGCCCGGAGGUAAGAUCACUUUCCAACCAUAAAGCAUAUAAUGUGCUGAAAUAUUAGCAGUCUUGCACGUGUGUCAUGAAAAUUGCUCUUGCUUCUUAAAAGUAAAAAAACAUUGUUCACAGAAUAUACUCAGCCCACCUAACUUGUACGUGUGAGCGAUGAAUGAACUUUUAGGCGCGCAUAAGUAGUUGAACACACUGCCCGUGAAAUUUUCCGUGUAUGCAUGUUGUUUUGAACAUAACACAUCGAAGUACUUUUAUUUUUGUGUGUCCGGGUGUGUGUUUCUUGUACAAGUCAGUGAUCAACAUAUUAUUCACCGGCUGGAAGGUCUGUAUUGGGUAACACUGUGCCCAAGGUCUUGAGCACCGGUAAUUGAGAUAAAUUGCACAGUUUUUCCCAAUACGGACCAACCUAGGCUGGUGAAUAACAGUUUUUUUUUCUUGAAAUCAACGAAAUGUUUUCCAUAAGAGCCCUAAUGCUCGUUUGUUUGCUGCAAUCGCGAGUGCAACUCUGGUCUUUCAUCAAAAGGGGAAUUUUAAAGUAGCUUUUUCUCGUUGAAUUCCUCUGUUUACUGUUGCGAAAUUUAAGGUACCAAUGUCCGGAUUGAACGGACUUCUAAAGACUUACCGAAAGCGUAUUUGAAGUAUAGAAGACCUCACUGUUCUCCAAGGAACAAAUUGUUUGAGAGAAUUCAGAUACAUAAUGAAUGAAAUUACCAUUAAUUAAUUCAACUGUGAAGAAAUACCUCACGUUUUAACUUUCUGAGUUACUUCUAGUAAGGUUUAGGUUAAUUACAAGCGGCUUUUAGGCCGUGCGUUAACCCAUCUAAUGACAUGUUUGCUACCAAUAUUCAUCUCAAAACCAAUUUUUUUUGCAGGCAAACAAAGUGAUCUGAGAGAGAGAAAGAGAGAAUGAAUAAGUUAUCAAUCGGCUUGAUUUGCUCCAAAACGAUUUGCUUAAAAAUACUGUCCAGCCGGCAAAACGAAAUACAUUUAUGAAAAAUGGCAAUAAAGCUAAAGAUGUAAUCGGCAGCUCGCUCAAGCGAUACCCUGCCCGUGGGCAGAGAUAGGAAAACCCGGACCGCAUUAAGUACCAAUAAGAUUCCAGGAUCCGUUACCGUACCCUCUGAGAAAAACAAAUAAUAAAUGCAGUUCUUUCGAGAAAGGUUAUCGGAAAAAAGCGUGUCGGAAGUGUAAGCGAUAACCUGAAAGGUAUUGCUGGUAGCUCUUAGGUCAUGGUUAGACUUGACCUCAGGAAUUCAGGGAAAUCUAGGAAAUGUCACUUUAAGGAGGAGGCAUCACGGGUUUGAACAACCUAUUUUAAUUGCAAGACUGACUUUAAAUUCUAAACUGCAUGAGCUAACCCUAAUUAAUUUAUCUUUAAUUUUUAUGUCCCUAAUGAUUAUCGUUCCCCAGAUAAUCUUUUGAGGUUGUCGCCUGCACUUUAAAGUUUUGCUCUUUGCCGGUAACAACUGUAUACGGUUAAAUGCGUAUCUCCAGUUGCACAUUUAUGGGAACCUACAUUCACAUUUAAUUUUACGUUUUUUAAGUCUGAUUAGAUAGAGGAGGAAGAGUAGGGGGCGGAGUGGGGAAGGUGUCAGCUCAACGAGGAACUAAUUAAUAUUCAAAAACUUGACCACCAAAAUUACAUGAAUUCACAAAUAAUCUUAGCUGAUGUGAAGUUAACUAAUCCACAAAAGCAGGUCAGGGUGGCGGACGCCUUAGUGAAGAAAGAUGUAUUGUAUUGAUUGACACUGAUCAAACAAAUACAUAUGAAAAAAAAAAAAAAAAGGAAUUAAUUGGGGAAUGAGUCCCGUUUUCUGUCUCAUUCAUUUUUCCUUUAUUGUGAUUGUGGUUAUAAUCUUUUCAUGUUAUCAAUGUUAUUAUAAUCAUCACUUUGUGUAUCAUCAUUAGGAUAAUUGGUAUUUUUUUUGUUUUCAUCUUCAUCAUCAUGUAGAAUGCCCAAAUAUAACUUUUAAAAACUCUUGGUACAUAAUUUCGGUGGAUGGAGAGUCCUGGUACUGGGGCAGACACACUUGCUCAAGUCUAGGAGGGGACCUAGUUUCCUUUGAAACCCAAGAAGAAUGGAGUUUAAUUAAUGACGAAAUUCAAAGGCGAAAUACUACGAACUAUGAAAAUAAAUGGAGAAUUGGUUUAAAAAAAGGGCCAGGAAUUGGACCUGGGUGA